AUGCCGCAGAAUGAAUAUAUUGAACGCCAUCAAAAGCUUUACGGUAGGAGACUCGACUAUGAGGAGAGAAAGAGGAAACGUGAGGCGCGUGAACCUCAUAAGAGGGCAGAGAAGGCGCGUAAACUUCGCGGUAUCAAGGCUAAGAUCUACAACAAAGAGCGCCGCAAUGAAAAGAUACAGAUGAAGAAGAAAAUCAAAGCACAUGAAGAGAAAAAUGUCAAGCAAAACACAGAAAAAGUGGCAGAGGGAGCACUUCCUGUAUAUCUUCUCGACAGAGAUGUGCAGUCUCGAGCUAAAGUAUUAUCCAACAUGAUCAAACAGAAACGUAAAGAAAAGGCCGGAAAAUGGGAUGUACCAAUUCCUAAAGUUAGGGCUCAAGCUGACGCAGAGGUUUUCAAAGUGUUGAAGUCUGGUAAAUCCAAGAGGAAAGCCUGGAAACGUAUGGUGACCAAAGUAACUUAUGUGGGAGAGAAUUUCACACGUAAACCGCCCAAGUUUGAAAGGUUCAUUCGACCUAUGGCUUUACGGUUUAAGAAGGCACAUGUGACACAUCCAGAGUUAAAAGCUACUUUCUGUUUACCAAUUAUUGGUGUGAAGAAGAAUCCUAGUUCACAGAUGUACACAAGUCUUGGAGUAAUCACUAAGGGUACAGUGAUCGAAGUUAAUAUUUCAGAGUUGGGUCUCGUCACUCAAGCCGGUAAAGUUGUAUGGGGAAAAUAUGCCCAAGUCACUAACAACCCUGAAAACGAUGGAUGCAUCAAUGCUGUUUUAUUAGUAUAA